UAUACUUUUUUACCUAAAUGUCAAAGAGCUCCUUCGGAUUCACAUAAAGCUAUGAAAUUUGAAGACUAUCUCAUGGAGAAAAGCCAAGAGCCUCACAAUAGACAUGGCCUUGAGAAAGAGGUUGUUCAAUUGCAAGCACAGUUGAAGUGUGAAGAGGCACUCAAUAGGAUCCUACGUUGUGCUCUUCAUGGACCUGUUUUUUCUCUUCCACUCAUUCCUCCAUUGUUUCCACCUCAGAUUCGGGAGCUUCUUCAAGAAUUGGCAAGGGUUGAGGAAGAGAUCAUCAUGCUAGAAAGAAAAGUUCAGGAACUGAAACUUAGAUUGUUCCAGGACAGGUACCAGAACAUAGAUUUGGAAAUACAGCACAGGAGACAACAGCCUAAAUUAUAUAAACAGUUCCGAGGAUCUUCAAGGUAUGGUUCAAUGAUAACCGAGCAGAGGUCAAGUUCUCUCGAUUAUGAAGUGAUAAGUAAAGAAAGAAAGAUAAGCAACAGAAGAGCCUCUCUAGGUUCUGCGUUGGAUUUUCACAGCUUAUUUUCCACACCAAGAAGAUCAACAGAAUAUGAAGUGCCAAGAAGGAGUAGUGGUAAGAUAGCAAGAGAGUACCCUAUCCUUAUAGAAGAUGCCAUUGAAAAACCAAAUGAAAUGUCAGAGGAACUGCUCAAGUGUCUCAUAGGCAUUUUUCUGGAAUUAAACAAAGCAUCAUUGGACAGAGAAGAAUCAGAAACUGUCCCUAGACUCACUCUUCCAUGCAUGAAGCCCACUGGCUUGAUAGCAAAGACCUCAUCAAACAACAAGGCACCUUCAAAUAGCAAUGUCUCAAGUCUUGAUCCUUAUGGCAUAACAUCAGAUUUGGAUUGCACAGCAAGAGAUGUAGGACCUUACAAAGACUUCAUUCAGAUCACAAGGAGCUCAUUGGACAUAGACCGCUUUUCACAAUGCCUACCAGCAUUCAGGAAAUUGAGGGUGUUGAUGCAUAAGCUAUGUGAUGUGGAUUUAAGUUUCUUGACCUACAAGCAGAAGUUGGCCUUCUGGAUCAACAUCUACAAUGCCUGCAUAAUGAAUGCAUUUCUAGAUCAUGGCCUCCCUUCUACUCAGGAGAAACUGUUGUCUCUUAUGAAUAAGGCUGCAAUGAAUGUUGGCGGGAUUGUACUGAACGCUCUUGCUAUCGAACACUUUAUUCUUCGGCACCCAUCUGAAUCAAAACAUGGUGCUGUGGACGAAAAGGAAGUGCUAUUACGACAUGCUUAUGGUCUAGGAUAUCCAGAACCCAAUGUCACCUUUGGUCUUUGUCGAGGCACCUGGUCCUCACCGGCAUUAAGGGUGUACACAUCAGACGAAGUUGUGAACCAAUUGGGGAGGGCUAAAGUGGAAUACUUGGAAGCUUCAGUGGGUAUCACAAACAAGAGAAAGAUAGUUGUGCCAAAGCUUUUGGAGUGGCAUAUGCAUGAUUUUGCAGAUGAAAUGGAAUCACUGUUAGAAUGGAUUUAUAGCCAAUUGCCACGCUCAGUUUCAUUGAAGAGGGCCACCAUGGAGAGCCUCAUAAGAGAAACAAAAAAUCCUAUGUCUAAGAUGGUGGAAAUUCAGCCAUAUGAAUCUGAAUUCCGCUAUCUCCUUCCUAUAUAAAUAAGAAAGUAAAAAGCCACACUUUUA